AUGAUGCUAGACAAAUUCAAAAAUAUCGUAAACCUAAACAAUAGCGGAGCGGAAAAGGAUGAAGCGAAGAAGGCGGAGACGAACGAGAACCCAGAGGCGAACGCGCCAAUAGCGGGGGAUCCCUCCUUAGAAGGAGCAGAAGAUAAAGCGUUCUUCGAUGAAAUGCUAGGAGCGCCACAGUACACAUAUGAGGAGUUCCUCAAGGUGUUAAAGGCUCCACAAGAAGAAAGGGGAGAUACGGAUGACUUGAAAAAGCACUGGGGGUAUCCCAGGAGGUGGAAAGUUAUUCUUUGGGAUUUACAAAUCCAGAAUUAUAUGAACAGUGAUUUUAAUGCUUUUGUCGAUUUUGAUUUUGGAGGCAACCGAGAAGAGUGUCGCAUACAGAGAGGAUCCAGCAUGAAAAUCUACGCAAAAGGAAAGACGAAGAAUCUGCUGAGGACCCACGUGGUGUCUAACGUUGCAGCAGAGCAGAAGAAGAACAUGAAUUUUAGGAGUGUCUUUGAGUAUAGAGGAUCGUACCUUGACCUCGAAAAUGAAAAGCUAAGAAUAAAGGUGUGGGAGUAUAAGCAACUGACCUUAAAUAAACUGGAAGGUAUAUACGAAGAGCCUCUUCUCUCAUUUGCAAUAGGACAGAUUUACAAUGAAGCGACUUUGUACAAAUAUACGAAGGAUACUCGGGUGAAGCGCUGUCGUCUUUUUUUCCAACUAUACUUUCAAGAGUUGUACGAUUUUGAGCUAUCAUUUCUGAAUUGGUCAUUCAGUGAUUUGCUCUCCUAUACGUACAUACAAGCUAAGAGCUUAAAGUACGUGGAGGACGAUCCAGAUAAACUAGGUAAACGGUUUAAUAAAAAUGGACGUUGUCAUUUCUUUCCUAAAGGUAAAGGAGGAACCUGUGUAAAAGUGAAAAAGUUAAAUAAAAAAAAAAAAAGAAAAAUCGAAAAUAAAGACACAGAUUAUGGUAUCGGCAUGAAUUCCUCUUUCAAUAGUGGUUUGUCGGAAGACUCCGAACGAAACAAUAAAAAUAGUGAGCACAACAAGACGGGUACCAAAUAUAAGGAUGACCGAUUGGCAAGAAAUUUAGAAAAUCUGUUCUUCCGGAAUGUCAGUUUGAUGCAAUAUGCUGAGGAGAACGAACAAGUCUCAUACAAAAACAUGAACAAUGUGGAUCUACCAAAUCCCAGAGUUACAAUCACCUUGACGCACACUCCCAAGGGUCAUGAAGGAUUAAAUUUGGUCUCCAUGGAGCAGAAGGCCAUUUGCUUUCCUAUUUGGGAGAACCUAGGAGAGAUGUACUUCCGUGGCACUCUUCGGGAUAUAGACAUGUCCUAUCUGAACAUAAAAGUCGAGGAUAUGUCCGCACCUAAGAGCAACCGAGAAAUAGGAACGUGUCAAAUACCUCUUAAAGGAGUCGUGGAUUACCCAUACGUUACACACCAACUGGAGGCACCCCCCUGGUUGAUUGAAGAAGCCAAGUACGAAGGUUGGGAGAGGAAAUUGGAAGAGUGGAAAUUCGGAACGGUGGAUGGAAAAGUAAUAAUAGGAAGAGUUCCUCGGUACAGACAAAUGGGAGAUAUUUACCACCUCGAUUGUCGCUACGCCUAUCUAAUAAUACACAUAUUUAACAUCGACCAGAUAGUAACUCUCGACAACGUAAAAGAAUUGGAUACCUACGUGGAAGUUUCCUUCGACGAAACGAGUAGGAGAACACGAUCCGUAAAGAAAACGCUAUCACCUAAUUAUGACAGCCAAGUAGCCAUCCCGCUAAGAUUCAAUCACAAAAGCCAAGUGAAUUACCAAAAUUUUAGCAAAAAGGGGCGUAUCUAUAUUGAUGUUUGGGGGAAAGCAGACGACAUUGUAUACGUGGGAGGAGUAUCCAUAACUCCCUAUGAAAUAUUUUUUAACGAAAAAAAUGCUAAAAGGAAGAAGAGCAGACUGGAACACAUCGAUUUGGAGACAAACGUCAAGACGCCAUACGACACAGUAGUCUACAGAGGGUGUAAGAAAUUACUCUUCCUCCAUGAUGAUCAAAGAAUUUCAAACAUACAUUUUAGCGUAUGGACAUAUCCAGAUAUGUUAAUUAACGGUGAAAAUGAAAAUAACAGAGAAUAUAAUCCUGUGGUGGCUCCACCCAUUUUUAAUACGACAAAAAAUUUCCCAAGGAGGUUGGCGGAAAAGUACGAUAAACUGAAAGCACUAUAUUUUCAGGUACUUAAAACGAUUAAAGGAAUUCCAGAAGGAUGUACUGAUAUAUAUAAGACCAAGCGUUUUUUUAAUUACGAAUUAUUAAAUCAAAGAAAAGAAAGUCACUUUCUUCCAACCCUAAUUACAAGUGUUAAAUCUCCCUAUGGUGCAGAAUCCACAAAUGCUAUUUUUCAUUAUGUCAGAUGUAUACCUUUUAUCCAUAAGAAGGAUAAUAUCGCUUUUACACCAGAUUUUACACUACAGUUAAAAGGGGGAAAUGCCCUAGAUCAUAGUCUACUACUCUGUAGUUUAUUUUUAGGCAUCCCAGUUAUAUCAUUUGUCUGCUUUGGAACCCUGUGGGAUAAUCAAAAGCAUGCAUGGGUCUCAACCUUCGAAUACAAUGAGGAGAAAAAUUAUGGAAUAAUCAAAUUUUGGGAAACGACUACAGGAAAUGUAUAUACCUUAAAAAAAAGAUUUAGUGAUGUGAACAAAUUAAAAAGUUUGGAAAUAAAGUUAUGUGAGUCAAAGUAUAAAUCCCACUUACGACAUGGUUUUUUGCAAAAAAAUGGAAUCAAUACAAAUGAUGUUAAUAAAAUAAAAGAAGAAACAAAAAGACAAAUUAAAGAACUCUUUAAUAACAGAGUAACUGAUAUUCCUAUCGGGGGACCAUCUAUUCCAUACAAAACUAUUGAUCUAAUUUUUAACAAUAAAAAUAUUUUUCUUAAUUUACAAGAUCCGAAUCCUUUAAAUAUUUGGUACGACUACUGGAAGGUAGACUUAUGGUUUCCCUUCUCUUCCAUUGAUUACAGCAUACAACCCUGCUUCACCAUAAAGAAUUAUUCGCACAAGAUAGAAGAUAUGGAAUUGGAUAGGCUAGCAAAAGAACUUCGGGGAAAUAUUGAAAAAAAUAUAAAUAUUUAUAGAGCUUCUCGGAACUUGUCCACUAGAUGGAACCGAGAUGAGACUUUAGAGCUAUUUUUGCAAGUCGGGUUAGAGUUACUGCACCAAUUGAAUACGUCCCGAAAAGAAGACGCACUACUAGCUAAACUAAAAAUUGAAGACUGGAAAAAAGCACUCUAUUAUAAAGUUCCACAGAGCCAUAGGCUUCUUGGAUUUCCAUACCAUUUUAACACGUGUAAAUCUAAGUUCAUUUCGGAUAAACUUAUUAGCACACUAGCUAUUUUAGAAUCUAGGGAUAGAUCCCUAUGUCUUUCACUAGCUGUCUGCUUGUAUAGCCUUCCCGGAGAUUUUAUUUCCGCCUAUAUCUACAUCAUCACCUGUGUAAAGAUAACGCAGAGGGAGUUACGCAAAAUGGAAAUCGUCAAGGAGAAGGCACAGAGAAAGGCAGAAAUAAAGAAUGCCAGAAAGAAACAAAAAGAAAACCACGAAGAUGCUGACGCGCUAGCAGAACAAAACCUGGAAGAGACACUAAAGGAGGACACUUUGGGGGAGAUAGACGUAAAAAUUGGUUCAACAAACAAAGAGGCUCCUUCACAAGGGAACACUCAGGAGGAUGACCUAUACCUGGACCUGAUGCACACCCACACCAAUGAAGAAGCGGCACAGAUAGAAUCCACACCAAACACAGACAGAGGUUCUAAAAAGAAGAAGCUAAAAAAGUCAGUUGACUUAAUCAAUAUGUUGCUUGCGGUGAAAAAAGAGGGAAGUCGCAGAAAUGGAGAAAGAAAAAAUGAGGAAGAGAACCCUCGCCAGGACACUCCCAUGGGAAAGUCACAAGGAAGUUUAACCCACGUGAAAGAAGGGGGUUCCACCAAAAAUGAAAAUGAACCUGAAGAAGGUGUGUAUCGAUCACCAGAAGAGGAAAGAAGGGGUAACCAAAUAACGAAGGAAGCACCCGAGAAUGAUAUCCCAGUGGUGAGCCUGAAGGAGGACGCCCCAGCUGCUGAUUCUACUGAUUGUAGAAUGGACAAAAGAGUAGAGACAAAGGAAAUGAAAAAAAAAAAAAAAAAAGAGAAGAAGAAAGAGAAGGAGGGCAAAUCGGUGAAGGAGAAAAACCAACUAGAAUUCGAAAAGCUAAUAAAAUCGAACAACUACUUUGAGAAGGAGAAGAAAAAACUGCAAGAAGACAUAGAAAAGCUGGAGAGAGAAAAAGAGGAAUUCAAGAAACAGAAAAUGCUAAGGGAGCAGAAGGAGAAGCAAAUGCUUCUGGAUGAGAAGAUGAAGCUCGAAAAGGAAAAGGAACUAUUCGAGAAUGAGAAGUUAGAACGGAAGAUGUCGUACAUGAUGAAAAUUAAUGAGUGGGAGAAGGAACAGAAGAGGAAAGAGGAGGAAAGGAAGAGGAAGGAGGAAGAGCGGAAGAAGAAGAAAAAAAAAAAAGUAGAAACCCGAAGGAAGAGAUUGGAGCGCAUGAGCAGUGCUGAAGCGGAGGAAGAGGCAGAUCGGGAUGAAAAAAAUGAGAGGGAACGGGAAAUGGAAAGAGAACUGGCAAUGGAAAGAGAACUGGCAAUGGAAAGAGAACGGGCAAUGGAAAGAGAACGGGCAAUGGAAAGAGAACGGGCAAUGGAAAGGAAAAGGGAAAGGGAAAGGGAACGGGAAAUGGAAAGAGAACAAGCAAUGGAAAGAGAACGGGAACGCGAGAUGAAAAGACAAAUGGAGAGGGAGAUAAGUAGAGAAAUUGCUAGAAAAACUAGAAAUAAUGAGAAGGCACAUCCGGCCAUGCAGGAAAAGUAUUCGGACACGAAUGAACUCAGCCAGACAAGCAGCUUUGACGAGGAAUUGGAUCUCAACCAGAUGUAUUCGAAGACCUCAAAUUUGUAUGACCUAAACGAGAAGAAGAAAAAAAAAAUAAGAGUGCAUACGAAUAGGAAGGAAACUAGUGCAUCCACGUCCAACUUCUCGAAUGAUAUGGAUGAGGUGAAGAACCAAAUGGAUGAUAACCCCAACAUCGCCAGAUAUCUAUACGGGAAAACCAAAAAUAGAGAUGCCGGAGGAAAAAAUUAUAAUUACGAUAAGCCUCAUUAUGGGAAGAGUAUGAACGAAAUGUCAUAUACAGAAAUGAAGAAGAGUGAUUUAUUUAAAGGGUUUGCUGAUCCUCCGUCUGGCAAGCCUAAGAAAAAAAUUGUGCUCGUGAAAAGGAAGGGAUAA